CUCAGACGUCUAAACAGAUAUCCCCGCCACGUGAAUCGCACGCUGCCGACGAUGCGCUUGCUAUCCUUACAAAUACCCAAGUUGACGCCGUUUGAUACCAGGAUCAAUGGCUGUUCAUUCCGACUCCGCUGCGGCCAGGCCGAAUCGUUGUUGAACUAUAUUAAAUGGUCUGGUUUGGGAUCAAAGCGAAACAAAAUACAUAAACAAAGCACAACCCGUGGAACUGCUCACGUUCGUCCUUCCGCUUCCGCCUCCUUCGUCCUCUCGCCGCCAACGACCGCCACCGCAGCCCUUACGCGGUCGAAGACCCCAUCGUAACCCUAACUACGUCGACAAAACCACCGGAUCCACGACCCCUGCCGCUGCAUAACCAGCCCUCAGACCUUAAUUCCUUGAUUCCAUCCAGAAGAGGCGAAGAAAUGGUGCUGAUCACCCUGGUUCGCGACUACAUAGGGCGGAUGCUGCAGGACAUCCCUGGCAUGAAGGUCCUCAUCCUCGAUUCUAGCACGGUCAGCAUUGUGAGUGUUGCUUACAGUCAAUCGGAACUUCUUAAGAAGGAGGUCUUUUUGGUGGAACUUGUUGAUUCCAUGUCAAAGGAAACAAUGACCCACCUAAAAGCUGUUUACUUUCUUCGCCCAACAUCAGAGAAUAUUCAAAAGUUACGGCGUCAAUUGGCUAAUCCCCGAUUUGGAGAAUAUCACUUGUUUUUUUCCAAUAUCCUGAAGAUUACCCAGAUUCAAGUACUUGCUGACUCAGAUGAACAAGAAGUCGUCCAUCAAGUGCAGGAGUUUUUUGCUGACUUUUGUGCUAUUGAUCCUUACCAUUUCACUUUAAACAUGCAAAUGAAUCACAUAUACAUGCUCCCAGCGGUGGUGGACCCUCCAAGUUCACAUAGCUUUUGUGAUCGAGCAGUUGAUGGCAUUGCUGCAGUUUUCUUAGCACUUAAACGCCGUCCUGUUAUUCGGUAUCAACGGGCCUCAGAUAUUGCCAAAAGGAUAGCACAAGAGACUGCUAAGCUUAUGUACGAGCAGGAAAGUGGUCUGUUUGAUUUCAGGCGUACAGAAUUCUCCCCGUUGUUGCUUGUGAUUGAUAGGAGGGAUGAUCCUGUUACACCGUUACUAAACCAAUGGACUUAUCAAGCAAUGGUACAUGAGCUGAUUGGAAUUGAAGAUAAUAAAGUAGAUCUGAGAAACACUCCAAAAGUUUCCAAAGAUCAGCAGGAGGUGGUGCUGUCAUCAGAACAAGAUAGCUUCUUUAAAUCUAACAUGUACGAGAAUUUUGGAGAUCUUGGAAUGAAUAUCAAGACAAUGGUGGAUGAAUUUCAACAAAUUACGAAUAGUAAUCAGAACAUCCAAACGAUAGAGGAUAUGAUGAAAUUUGUGAACAACUACCCUGAGUACAGAAAGAUGCAAGGAAAUGUUUCAAAGCAUGUGACAAUGGUUACAGAAAUGAGCAGAAUUGUUGAAGAGAGGAAGCUCAUGAUAGUUUCACAAACAGAACAAGAGCUUGCAUGUAAUGGUGGACAAGUGGCAGCUUUUGAGGCUGUCACCAAGCUUCUGAAUGAUGAAACUAUUUCUGAUGUUGAUCGUUUGCGGCUAGUAAUGCUAUAUGCCUUGCGCUAUGAGAAGGAGAGUCCGGUUCAGUUGAUGCAGCUUUUUAACAAACUAGCUUCUCAUUCUGCUAAGUAUAAGCCUGGGCUUGUCCAGUUCCUCCUCAAGCAAGCAGGCAUCGAUAAACGAACUGGAGAUCUAUAUGGCAAUCGUGAUCUCUUGAACAUUGCUCGUAAUAUGGCUCGUGGACUUAAGGGUGUUGAGAACGUCUACACCCAACACCAACCACUUCUGUUUCAAACAAUGGAAAGCAUCAUCAAGGGGCGACUACGAGAUGUUGACUAUCCAUUUAUUGGAAAUCACUUUCAACAGGGGAGACCUCAGGAUGUAGUGAUAUUCAUUGUUGGAGGGACAACAUAUGAGGAGGCGCGGACUGUGGCUUUGCAUAAUGCUGCAAAUUCUGGAACACGUUUCAUACUUGGAGGCUCUGUGGUUCUCAACUCUAAGCGGUUCCUAAAAGACCUGGAAGAGGCACAAAGGAUAUCACGCACAAGCAAUGCUGUGUAAACCAGAAAUAUUGGUAUUGAACCCUAAGAGACUAACUACCGAUCCAAUAUGCAUUAGAUAAGAGGUAGAAAUGGGGGGCUGAUUAAUUGUAAUUUGGUCAGCAUGGGGAGCUUCUUGUGAACAUUGCUUAUGCCCGUGCAUGGUUAUUGGGUUGCAACUGGCAAAAAGCUUCCGGCAACCUGUGCUCCGGAUUGGAGGUGAAAAUUCUGAUAUUGAGUUAGGUCAGCUUGAAGAGGAGCUUGGGUGUCCCGUCUGCAUCUCUCUCUCUCUCUUUUUAUUCUUGCACUCUACGGUUAUUGGUCGGACUGAAGAGAUACUGUAGCAGAAACAAGUCUUGCUUUCACUAAUGUACUCUUAUUUUGGUCAUUUAGUUGAUAUA